UUCACUAAACAAGUUCCCAUUUCAAAACGGUGUCAAAAACUCAAUCGCGUGUGACAUCAUAAUGCAUUUUGUUAAUUAGUGUUAAUUUGAGACUAAACCAUGUUUCCCAUUGACUUGUACCGCGAUUUUGUGCCACCCAAUCUGUACCUUCAGCAGAGUAUGCUGCACGGAUACUGCAUGUCGCCAAAUCUAUGGCUGCCAUUACCGCUUAAGCUACAAGAGCCGCGAUUAGAAAAACCGCCAUAUUCGUACAUAGCUCUUAUUGCAAUGGCUAUCAGUUCAUCGCCAAAACAAAGAUUAACACUUUCCGGGAUUUACCGUUUCAUCAUGGAUAACUUCCCGUACUAUAGAGACAACAAACAAGGAUGGCAGAAUUCCAUCCGGCAUAAUUUGAGUUUAAACGAUUGUUUCGUCAAGGUACCACGUGACAAGGUAUCACCAGGAGGUCCGGAACAAGCUGGUGGUAAAGGAAGUUACUGGAUGUUAGACCCCAAAGCAACUAACAUGUUCGAAAAGGGAAACUAUCGUCGCAGGAAGAGUCGACGACAGCGCAUCGCCGAAUGCACGGAUUACUUAAGUCAUCAAAGAUCUCUAAGUCAGGAGCGAAUUGGGGGUGCGUGCAGCGUUACGCCAACAGCAGCGCCCUCUACGGCGGAGGCGGCGUUGACAUUGCGCAAAAACAAAAAUUCCAGCCUGUUUACCAUCGAGAAUCUCAUAAAAAGCGACGACGGUGCCGGCCAUAAAACUUGAUUAAAUAAAUAAGGCGUGCGUGCGCGCGUGCAACACCACCGUUUGAUGUUUUCGGGAUUAUUUUUGCGUAACACUGUAGCACACCGUCGCAAAACUUGUUGUACAUAUAUAUUGCACGUCAAAAAAAGACCGCCUCUCGCAAAUAAACACCGCGAUUGGACAAAUUUCAAAAAGACUGCCGCGCGUCUAACGAACGCGCGCAGUUUGGACGUUUUUAGAAAAACAUUUACUUUGUACAUUACCCGAUUUCGAAAACAGCGCGCCGCGUCCCUCCUUUGAACUCGCGGUGCAGGCGGGCGCGCGCUUUAUUUGUUUUACCGAAUGAGACAAAAAAUGUAAAUAAACAGUCCACAACUUGAGAAAAUAACUUUUUCGCACGCGGCGCGAUGAUUUCAUAAAUUUUAUAAAUACUAUUCGAGCAAACAGCGUUUGAUGGUGCGAAAUGUUGCUGUGUGAGCUCGCGUUGAUUAUAUAAAGUUGUAUAAUUGUGUAUAAUCGUGUUGUAUCUACAUACUUUGAUGGGAUUUCACGCUUGUAGGAUGUAAGGUGU